AUGACAAGAAGUGCGUUCAUAUGUCAUUCAGAGAAGGCCUAUGUCGUGCAUGGUGAGAGUGCCCCUGGAGAAAUUAUGAUGAUGGAUGACAAAAACAAUUUGUGUACGUGGCUCCCUUCAAAUAUGUCCCUGUCACUGCACUAUGAGAAAGCGGCCCAAAGGGCGUUCGCCGUUCUACAGAUGAUUUGGUGCACCUUCUCCCCUAUUAUUAGCACGGACUUCCAAUUACUCUCAGCGCAACGUAGGGGUGAUCCAAUUGAAACACACAAGCGAUGGUCUGCAGGGCAAAACAAACAACGUACCAUAGAUAAGAACACCGCUAAAUUAGAGCAAGAAACGGAAAACCUACACAAUGAUUUGGUUGAUAUGGAUGUUGGCAAACUCAUCAUGCAGGCGCGCCAAGAUAAAGGGCUUACUCAGAAAGAGCUAGCUACUAGGAUAAAUGAGAAGCCCCAGGUCAUUUCCGACUACGAGCAAGGAAGAGCUGUAAAGAACCAGCUAAUUCUUUCGAAGAUUGAGAAAGCUCUUGGCGUGAAACUCAGAGGAAAGGACAAAGGACAACCUCUUGGUGAGAAGAGUCUAAGGAAAGACCGAGAGCUCUGGUGGACAUCGAAAGCUCGGGAGAUGGAGAAGGCUUUUGCUACGGGAAACAGCCGUGUCCUUUAUCAACUGAUACGAUCGACUGGCCCUAGGAAAGCGACGGUCAGCGAAACGAUAAGUGAAAAAGAUGGCUCAUUAAUUCACUCGCAAAAACGUCGACUGGAAAGAUGGGCCGAACACUUCGAAGAGCACAAAACCGCUAGGGACCAAACCAACUUCCAGAUAUCCGGCAAAAAAGAGUCUUCAAGCAGUCUACUAAUUCCAAUCCGGAAUACCGAACUUCAACAAAAAGUAGCUCAGUGGUUAACCUGCAUUACUGACCAGCAUGUCUGUGGCUCAAGCCCGACAUUUACAUCUCGACCUUUCCUGUCCAGGCCUGAGCAACCUGGCAAUAUCCCAGCCCUCGUUAUUUUUUCAGGUGGCAUCUGCCAUGCCAUCCGAAGGAAGCACAAGAGCUGGGAUACUGCCAGGUUGCUGAUGCCUAGACAGGGGAAGCCGAGGUGGAGAGGUCGGGUUCGAACCAGGGACCCUCCGCCGAAGAAGGUGGUUUUGAGCCUUUGGCUAAGAAAAAAAUCGUUCCGCUGUAGUAGCUUUUUGGUGCCUAGCUGCCGUGCCACUCGAAGGAAGCAUGAAGACUGCCAGGUUGCACAAGCCCAGAUAAAAUCGUUCAGCUGUAUCACCCUUUCGGUGCCUAAGUGCCAUGCCACCGGAAGGAAGCACCAGGGAUGGGAUACUCUCAGGUCACCCAAGCGUAGACAGAGGUCAAGAGGCAAAGGUCGAGUUUGA